UAUUAUCAUGAGCAGUUUGAAGGGCAGUGCCUUCAUACUGUACAUGUGCAUGAGACCCAAUCAAAAAAUCAGCCUAGGUCGUGGUUAUGACUGCGUAUAUUUGUGAGCUUAAUUCUCAAUCCAACACAUCAUCCAUUUUCGUGUGAGGUAUCUUUCCUUUUUUUUUGAAAAGUCUUAGACGAGGAUGGUCAAAGCAGUGAAAGGUGUUUUGUUGGAGUGUGAUACCACAGUAAAGCAGAUUGUGCUCAAUUUGAACAAGAGAGGAAAUUUUGUGAUUGAAGAUCUAGAUGACACCCAUUUAUUCAUUGAAGCUACUUGGGUUGAGCAAUUGAAGUACGAAUUAGACAAGAUUCUUGACGAAAACUCUUAUACAGUUUCUGCUAUUGAUGAGAAAGACAACAAAAGAAAUUGAUACCGUUGCUCUAUGAAUAUUCGACUCUUUCAUUUAAGGAUUCAUCCUACUUAUAUCACUUAUUACGUACAAUAUACCCUAAAACAUUUCUUUGCAGCCAUCACGGUCAAACCUUCCCUUUAUUCAAAACUAUAAUCUCUUAAAGUCAAACAACGAAAG